AUGGCGACGCCGCCUCUCAAGACGUCCGCAGUUAUCAUUGUGGGCGCUGGUGUAUUCGGCCUGAGCACGGCUCUCCAUCUUGCACGGAGAGGAUACAGCAAUGUCACCGUGUUCGACGCACAGUCUUACGAAGCCACAAAGUACGACUAUUUCUGCGGCUCUGACGCCGCCUCAGCGGAUCUGAACAAGAUCAUUCGAUCAGCGUACGGCGAGCAGACUGAAUAUCAGGAUUUAUCGACGGAAGCCAUUAGAUCAUGGAAGGCAUGGAAUGAUGAGAUCAGAGCCGGUAAAUGCGUCCCAGAUGGCAUGGACGUGACCGACAGGGUAUUCGUCAACAAUGGCCAUCUGUCCUUGGUUGAUGGUGAAGAACUGCCACCUUUUGAGAAGGCAACAAUUAGGAAUAUGGAGCGAGCUGGUUUUGUCGAUACUCAACUCAUCACUACCGACCCGCGAGAUGCAGAGAUCAUGAGAAGCCAAGGCUUCGGGUAUGCAAUCGAUCCGUUCCAAAAACAGUCGAGAGGCAAAGGAUACCUGGGCGUUCUGGAUGCGACUGGUGGCAUCGCCGUUGCAGACAAAGCAUGUCGAUUUGCGCUUCACAAGGCGAAAGACCUCGGGGUCCGAUUCGUCCUCCACCAUGAAUCUGGCUGCUUCGUGACUUUCUGCUACGACGAGGCAGGGAAGGUGGUUGGUAUCAAGACGAAUGACGGCCAGAAACACCUCGCAUCAAAAAUCAUUAUGGCUUGUGGCGGAUGGACUCCAUCAUUGCUGCCAGAAUUGGAUGGCAUUUGUGAAACCACCGCGGGCUCGGUCAUCAUGCUGAAGAUCCCGCGCUCCUCACCGCUCUUCGAACGGCUUGCUCCCGAGCGCUUUCCUUCAUGGUCCUACAAAAUGCGCGAUGGCGCCAGGGGUGGGCUCUAUGGCUUUCCGCAAGAUGACAGGGGGUAUCUGAAGAUUGGCUAUAGGGGCACAAAGUACACAUACCCAAAGGUACAACCGGAUGGCAAGGAACGAAGCAUACCCAUCACGAGGUACACAGAGAACGAAAAGAUCACACAACUCCCGAAGCAAGCAAUGCAAGUGUUCAAGUCCUUCAUCGCAGAGUUUCUGCCCGAGCUGAGUGAGGAGGGAAUCGAUAUCGAGCUGACCAGGCUAUGCUGGUAUACCGACUCGUUCGACAACCAUUAUGUGAUUGAUCACCUGCCGGGUCAAGACUCAGUCCUGGUUGCGACAGGUGGUAGUGGCCAUGCUUUCAAGUACUUGCCGGUUAUUGGGAAUUGGAUUGUCGACAUCAUGGAAGGUGUCGGUCUGGAUCGUCCACUGGUGAGGAAUUGGCGGUGGAGGAAGUUGCGGCCAGGCCAAGAAGCAGUGAACAUCCUCAUGGAAGGAAGCACCGGCCCAAGAGCACUUCAAAAUGUUGAGAUGUCUACGGACAACGAUCUGAAGUUAUCGAGCCGGCCACGGCUGUGA